UUAAUUAUUUCAAUUUGUUUAUCUAAUUUAUAAAGUGAAUUUUAUCCUCCAUUUGAUUUUAAAUGGUAAAUUUAAUACAUGAAAAUAUAAUUAAUCUGUUCAAAUUUGGAUGGUAUAUUGAGUCGUUUAAGUUUGAGCGUCCUAUUGAUUUGUGCCUUUACAAUAGUACAUUGUAUAAUCAACCAUGUCGGAACAAACGGCGGCGGCGGCGGCAUUGGGUCAUUCAGUAAUACCUAUAGUGAACAAGCUGCAAGACAUAUUCGCACAGCUUGGAAAUCAAUCAACCAUUGAGCUGCCGCAAGUGGCUGUUGUAGGGAGUCAGAGUAGUGGGAAAUCAAGUGUGCUUGAAGCACUAGUAGGUCGUGAUUUUUUGCCUAGAGGUUCUGAUAUUUGUACUAGGCGUCCACUUGUUCUACAGCUUCUUCAGAUUAAGCGUAAUAAUAAUAAUAAUGAUGGUAAUGAUGAGGAAUGGGGAGAGUUUUUGCACCAUCCUGGCAAACGUUUUCACGAUUUCAAUGAAAUUCGGUCGGAGAUUCAGGCCGAGACAGAACGGGAAGCUGGAGCAAAUAAAGGUGUCUCGGACAAGCAGAUAAGGUUGAAAAUUUUCUCACCAAAUGUUAUUGAUAUUACUCUAGUGGAUUUGCCCGGCAUAACAAAGGUGCCUGUUGGAGAUCAACCUUCUGAUAUUGAAGCUCGGAUCAGAACAAUGAUUUUGUCGUAUAUUAAGCUCCCAAGCUGCUUAAUAUUGGCUGUAACACCGGCUAAUUCAGACUUAGCCAACUCAGAUGCUCUUCAGAUUGCUGGGAGUGCUGACCCUGAUGGUUAUCGAACCAUUGGAGUCAUCACAAAGUUGGACAUCAUGGAUAGGGGUACUGAUGCUCGUAACUUUUUACUUGGAAAAGUGAUUCCCCUUCGACUUGGUUAUGUUGGUAUAGUGAAUCGUAAUCAGGAGGAUAUUAUGAUGAACCAAAGUAUUAAGGAUGCACUUGUAGCUGAGGAGAAAUUCUUCUGCAGCCGUCCUGUGUAUAAUGAUCUUGCAGAUCGUUGUGGUGUACCUCAAUUAGCAAAAAAGUUGAACCAGAUUUUGGUGCAACACAUCAAAACACUUCUUCCAGGAUUGAAAUCACGCAUCAGUGCUGCACUUGUGUCUGCUGUAAAGGAGCACGCUAGCUAUGGGGAGAUCACGGAGUCAAAGGCUGGUAUGGGUGCUCUAGUUCUGAACAUUCUUUCCAAGUACAGUGAAGCAUUCUCUUCAAUGAUAGAAGGCAAAAAUGAAGAGAUGUCAACUUCUGAGCUGUCUGGUGGAGCAAGAAUUCAUUACAUUUUCCAGGAAAUAUUUGUGAAGAGCUUGGAGGAAGUUGAUCCUUGUGAAGAUUUAACUGAUGAUGACAUUCGAACUGCCAUUCAAAAUGCAACGGGUCCCAAAUCUGCUUUGUUUGUGCCAGAAGUCCCAUUUGAAGUUCUCAUCCGAAAGCAAAUAGCACGUUUAAUGGAACCAAGUUUUCAGUGUGCAAGAUUUAUAUAUGAUGAGCUGGUUAAAAUGAGCCAUCGCUGUAUGGUCAAUGAGUUGCAACGGUUUCCAAUUUUGAGAAAGCGCAUGGAUGAGGUUAUAGGAAAUUUUUUGCGUGAAGGACUGGGACCUUCGGAAGUAAUGAUUGGACACAUUAUUGAGAUGGAGAUGGAUUACAUAAAUACUUCACAUCCAAAUUUUAUUGGUGGUAAUAAAGCUCACGAGAUGGCGUUACAGCAGGUCAAGUCAUCUAGGAUUGUAGCAUCAAAUCCAAGUCAGAAAGACGGAGUAGAUCUAGAAAAAGCGCCAACCUCUGAAAGAAGUCUAAAAUCACGUGCUAUCCUUGCCAGAUCAGUCGGUGGUUUUGUCCCUGAUCAGGUUGUUCGGCUUGCUCCAGAGGUCGAGAAAACUACAGUGUCAGGAUCAAAUGUUGGUUCAAGUUGGAGAAUAUCAUCAAUAUUUGGUGGCUCGAACAAUCGUCCAUCUGUAAAAGACAAUUUCAUUAGCAAGCAAUUCAGUGAUCCUGUACAGAGCAUCGACCAUACUUUCUCAAUGAUCCACUUGAGAGAGCCCCCCAGUGUCUUGAGGCCUUCAGAAACUCAUUCAGAUCAGGAGGCUGUUGUAAUUGCCAUCACAAGACUGUUAUUGAGGUCAUACUAUGACAUUGUCAGGAAGAAUAUUGAAGACCUAAUACCUAAAGCUAUCAUGCAUUUUCUGGUAAAUCAGACCAAAAGAGAUCUACACAAUGUGUUUAUCAAGAAACUUUACAGAGAAAACCUCCUCGAAGAAAUGUUGCAAGAACCUGAUGAGAUAGCCACAAAGAGAAAGCGUACAUGUGAGACACUUCGUGUUUUGCAGCAAGCUUUCAAGGUUUUGCUUGGCUUAUGGUGAUUUUACUUGUGGGUACCGUUCAGCUGGAGCUAAUGUUUUCUGGUUUGCAGACGUUGGAGGAGUUACCACUUGAUGCUGAAACAGUUGAAAGGGGCUAUAGCUUGAGUACUGAUGCGACAGGCCUUCCAAAGAUUCAUGGGCUUCCAACAUCAUCAAUGUACGCUACAAGCAAUGGCUCAACUGAUUCAUACACGUGCUCUCCUAGGAACUCUAGAUUGCGCAAUGCAUCUCAUUCAGGUGAGCUACAGAUACCAAUGUAUGGUGGUGCAGAUUCGAAUGGCAGUGGGCAUAAUUUUGGUAUAUAUCCAACAGUAGGUGUAUAGGAGACUCAAAAAAGUUCAGUGGGUAACCCAUUCAUAAGUAAAUUUAUUUGAUCUCUCCACCAUCAUCGAAAGCCUUCGUUGUCUCUGGUGCAGUUGGAGUGCUACUAUUCUUUGUCAUGGACGGUGUUUGCUAGGCUGAUCUCUAUUCCCUGAACUACGUAGUUCCUCUUUCUUUAUCCAACUAUAAACCCAUUAUACGAAAAAAAUUAAUAGGGAGUUUUUGUCUUAAUAGGAUGAGGCUAGUUUUGUUGCCUUUUGGUAUGAUAAUUGGCAAAUGUAUCCUUCAUUUGCUUUCUCAGUUUUGUCACAUGCGAUAAUAGGAGAUAUCGUCAUUCAUCACUUGUGUAUGCUAUUGACGAAUUCUUAUCAUUUUCUGAACAAUUAUAUUCCUCUUCGAGACA